AUAUAAGACCCUCCUGUGUUCGCUCGACGACAUCUCUUUCCCCUCCGGCCGCCAUGUCACUGCCUAUGUCUGCGCAUCUGGGGCGGGGCCAGUACGUUGUCGCUAUCGCUGGUGCGACGGGCCAACUAGGGAUGACGGUAUCCGAAACAUUCCUCGACAAGAAGUACAAGCCCUUCUUCUCUUCAGUUGUCUGCUUCACCCGCGACCCGAAAUCAGAGAAGUCCAAGGCACUCGCAGCGAAAGGAGCAGUUCUCCGCAAAGUAGACAUCGCCUCUCCGCACUCUUCCGAAAGCGAUAUUGUCGAGACACUGCAAGGGGUGGCGGCAGAUAUUGUCGUCAGUUCCUUGGGGAUCAACGACGCUGACGCCGCGAAUAAGCUCGUACGAGCUGCUGUCCAGGCUGGAGUGAAGGCGUACUUUCCGAGUGAAUUUGGAGGAGACCAUUGGAAGAACGACUUCCCGGGCUUUGAACACGAGGAAUGGGUGCAUAAGAAGAAGCAUAUGUCUUACGCGCGGGAAUAUGCCAAAGAUAAAUUGAGAAUUAUCUCCGUUUACAACGGAAUGCUGCUCGAAGAUACCAUUGGGCCGUGGUUCGGCUUCGAUACCGAAGGAGGCAUAUACACCUGUAUCGGGCCCAAAGCCGUACCGUUUGCCCUUACCUCGAAGGCUGACAUAGGGCGGAGCCUUGUUUACCUCUCUCUGUUGUGCAUGUCCUCCACAAAUGGCGCAGUGCCCGACGAGGUCCACCUGGCAGGGAGCCUCGCGAGUGUGGAAGACAUUGCCAACGCAGUAAUGAAAGAGAGCGGGAAGAAGAUAGAGAUCAAGGAGAUUGAUCUCGGCGAGUUUAAGGAGCUUACGAAGAAGGACAUGGAGAAAGGCAAACUGGAUAAUCCGGCGUCGCAUAUCCGGCGGGUGUUCUCCGCCAUCCUGAUUGGCGAGGGCAAGAUGAACUGGGAGAAGAACGACAACGAUCUCGUAAACCCAGGACAGAAGAAUUGGAAGUGGAAGACUAUGCAAGAUUAUAUCAAGGAGAUGAAAGGAGAACCUUGCCGUGACUUACUGAACGGAGAGAGAGACAGCAUCACGCCUCUUAGCAUGCGUCUGAUGUUUAUGGACCUGAUGUAG